CGUCCAGAGUGCAGCAUACCACAACAGCCCUGGCCAUCCGGGAACGCAGUGAAUUAAGUACCUUUCAGCCAUGCCCGCAUCUUGUACAGAUAUCCGAGAGGCGCUCGCGCAAUGUCUUCAGAACAGCGACUGUGUCAUGGUCCACCGCAAUAAACCCGCCGACUGUCUUCGCCCACCUCUUGUCGAUACGCUGCCCACACAAUGUCAACAGCUGAAGCACGGCUAUGGUCAAUGCAAGCGAGGCAUGAUCGAUAUGCGAAAGCGAUUUCGUGGAAACAAACCUAUCUCUACGAGCACGGAGCUCGAGGGUGAAGGAAAGGCACCGAUGUUGUACGCUGGGAAAGGCACCUACGACGACGCGACCAAGAAGAAGAUCGAAGAGGGCAGCGAAUACGAGGUGUUCACGAGAAACGAUGGAACCGAAGAUUUGAGGAAGAAGUAGGCACACUCUGUGGAGCAAUACAAGACGACAGGAAUAUCGAUCACAGAUGUUCAACUUCGUGUGUAUUUCUGGACCCUGGCCGCCUCAUUCAAUCGCGAUGUUGUGCCUUACACCGAUAUGGGACACACCAUCUCCCCGAAGUUCAGCUCCAAGGCUAGAGGAGGACGAUUUACCCUCCAUAUUCGCUGUACAUCUCGGAUAGCAGGACGUCCACGCACCGUCUUCUCAGGAGCCACUAUCCACGUAUCAGCCCUCAUCCUUGGUUGGCAGACCUCCGUGGCCGUCUGGCUCUCUCGCAGAUUCCCGUAUUUACCAAAUGUGCGGGAUCCUGAUCAUCAGAAAACGCCAAAAUUUGCCCGUUACCCAACAACUGGGUAUAGGAGUAUUGACACAGUAACCGCAUCAUCUCGCUUCUGGUCGACUCA